AUGAGUGUGUCCAACUCCACCACAUUCCUCACCCAAUAAACACACACCAUAUUUAUAUCACAAUCAUCAUCCUCCAUUUUCCCCCAAAUUUCAAAUCUCCCCAUCUCCACAAAAAUGUCAUCCGCCAUUGUUGCAGCAAGCUCAUCCUCCUCCUGCUCCGCCGCCUACACCAGAUCCUCCAUCAGAUCUUCCCCUCACUUCCCAUCUCCAAAACCAUCUGUUUCGCUGACUACUCAGAAAAGCGUUUUUCUAGGGUUGUCGGUGGCGGAGGCUAAGAAGGGGGUGUCGCAUUGGUUUACGGCGGAGAAUACAGAGGCCGAGGGCGGUAAGCGGUCGAAGGGGCUUCAAAUUAGAGCGGCGAAGACUGCCGGAGCUUCCAAGACGAUUGAGGUUGAAGUUGAUAAGCCGUUGGGUCUUACUUUGGGGCAGAAAUCUGGCGGUGGCGUUGUCAUCACUGCAGUGGAUGGGGGAGGGAAUGCAGCAAAAGCAGGGUUAAAAUCAGGAGAUCAAGUUCUAUACACAAGCAGUUUCUUUGGAGAUGAAUUAUGGCCUGCUGAUAAGUUGGGAUUUACCAAAACUGCCAUUCAAGCCAAGCCUGAUUCUGUCUACUUUGUUGUUAGCAGAGGUGCUGAGGUGGAUGUUAAACGACUCCCAAAGAGACCUGCGCCACCUCGCUUUGGAAGAAAACUUACUGAUGCACAAAAGGCUAAAGCAACUCACAUAUGCCUGGAUUGUGGAUAUAUUUACACCCUAUCGAAACCCUUCGACGAGCAGCCUGAUGGAUAUGCAUGCCCUCAAUGUAUAGCACCAAAGAAAAGGUUUGCAAAAUAUGAUGUGAGCACAGGAAAAGCAGUAGGAGGAGGUUUGCCUCCAAUUGGAGUCAUUGCUGGUUUGGUUGCUGGCAUUGGAGCUGUUGGAGCAUUGCUUGUUUAUGGCCUUCAGUGAUACUCAUUCCAUUAUAUCCAAAACUUGUAUCAUUUAUCAUUUUCCUAAUUCAUAGUUCCUUCUUAUUUCCAUUUCUUUAACCUUGAUCUUUUUGUCCUCACAUUUUCGAGCUGCACAUAUGUUAAUAUUAUAAAUUAUAUUCGAUUCACUUGUAUAAGAUCCUUUUCUUGAGGAAAUAAAAUUUUAAUGGAAGCCCUUUUAAGAAAAAGACGUGUUGGUUGCA